AUGGCCUUCGAUACCAACAGUGCAGCCUCGCCACCCCCUCCGCCUCCCGAGGACGGCAUCCCGCCUCCUCCUCCUCCAUCCGACCCUGUCCCGCCGCCGCCUCCGAGUGAUCUUCCCGCACCACCUCCGCUGGACGAUGUUCCGCCUCCGCCGCCCUCGGGACCGCUAGAACCAGAAUCUGGCCCGACGCUUGUUAAGAAGAAGGGAUGGGGAGCGCCGAAGCCUAAGAAAGACCCCCUCAGCAUCGAGGAGAUUCUCAAGAAAAAGAAGGAGGCUGAUGCGGCGGCCGCGAAACCAAAAUUCCUGUCUAAGGCCCAGCGCGAAAAGCUCGCCCUUGAGAAACGCCAGAAGGAAGUGGAAGACCAGAAGCGCCGGACCGAAGCCGAGCGCAGGAACGGCAAUGGUGUGCAAGAGAAUGGUAGCGCGACAAAUGGCGUCAACGGCUCCUCCGCCGCUAUUCCCACCGGCCCUCGCGCGAUGCGGAACUCCCAGCCGAACAAGGGCUACGACAUGGCCCCUCCACCCCCGCCGAAAUCAGUCGCCAUAACUCAAGGAGGCAAGGCUGCUGGUGAAAAAGCGGGGGACAAGAGGCAGAAUCCGGAGGAGGCGGAAAAGGAACUGAUUCGCCAGCGGUAUAUGGGCUCGGAGCAAAAUACGUCAACCUUCUCAGCGAAAAAGAAGCGCAAGCGGACGACGGAGAAGAAAUUCAACUUCGAAUGGAAUGCUGAGGAGGACACGAGCACGGAUUAUAACCCUCUGUACCAGACCCGCGCGGAAGCUGGAUUCUUUGGCAGAGGCCGUUUGGGUGGCUUCUCCGACGACGUGGUGGACAGCGCUACCAAAAAAUAUGCACAGGCUCUCAUCGAGCGGGACAAGGAGGCGGGCGCCGUCCGCGCAGCCCAGAUCGCUGAGAUGGAGAGAAGAAGGAGGGAGGAGGGAGGUCGCGCGGCGUUGGAAAAGCACUGGAGCGAGAAGAGGCUGGAUCAAAUGCGGGAAAGAGACUGGCGUAUUUUCAAGGAGGAUUUCAACAUCAGCACAAAGGGUGGCUCUAUCCCGAAUCCCAUGCGGUCAUGGGACGAGUCCGGGUUGCCCAAGCGGUUGUUGGAUAUCAUUCACGACGUCGGUUACCUCGAGCCUUCGCCUAUUCAGCGCGCCGCCAUUCCCAUCGCCCUCGGCUCUCGCGACCUCAUCGGUGUUGCCGUCACCGGUUCCGGUAAGACGGCUGCCUUCCUGCUCCCUCUGCUCGUCUACAUCUCCGAGUUGCCUCCUCUCAACGAGUUCACAAAGAACGAUGGUCCUUACGCCAUCAUUCUUGCGCCUACCCGUGAAUUGGCGCAACAGAUUGAGAUCGAGGCGAAGAAGUUCGCUACUCCACUCGGCUUCACUUGCGUUAGUAUUGUUGGUGGUCACUCCAUCGAGGAGCAAGCCUACAACAUGCGCGACGGUGCUGAGAUUAUCAUCGCCACCCCCGGUCGUCUUGUUGACUGUAUCGAGCGCCGCGUGUUGGUACUCGGCCAGUGCUGCUACGUCAUUAUGGAUGAAGCCGAUCGUAUGAUUGACCUUGGUUUCGAGGAGCCAGUCAACAAGAUCCUCGAUGCCCUCCCCGUCGGCAACGAGAAGCCCGACGACGAAACAGCAGAGAAUACCGUGGCCAUGAGCCAGCAUCUGGGUGGCAAAGACAGAUACCGCCAGACGAUGAUGUACACGGCCACGAUGCCUCCUGCCGUCGAGCGCAUCGCGCGCAAGUACCUGCGACGCCCGGCCAUCGUGACGAUCGGCAACGUCGGCGAGGCAGUCGAAACGGUCGAACAGCGCGUCGAGUUCGUGGCAGGCGAGGACAAGCGCAAGAAGCGGCUGCAGGAGAUCCUCAACUCGGGCGAGUUUGCGCCGCCCAUCAUCGUCUUCGUCAACAUCAAGCGCAACUGCGACGCUGUCGCCCGCGACAUCAAGCACAUGGGCUUCAGCAGCGUCACCCUGCAUGGCUCCAAGACGCAGGAGCAGCGUGAGGCGGCUCUGGCGUCGCUGCGCAACGGUCAGGUCGAUGUGCUGGUCGCCACCGACUUGGCGGGUCGUGGUAUCGAUGUCCCAGACGUCUCGCUGGUCGUCAACUUCAACAUGGCUACCAACAUCGAGAGUUACACGCACAGAAUCGGUCGUACCGGUCGUGCUGGCAAGAGCGGUGUGGCCAUCACCUUCCUCGGAAACGAGGAUACGGAUGUUAUGUACGAUCUCAAGCAGAUGCUCAGCAAGUCGAGCAUCUCGCGCGUGCCGGAGGAGCUCAGGAAACACGAGGCGGCGCAGCAGAAGAGGCAGAGGGGUGGUGGCCCCAAGGCAUUGGAUGAGGGCAAGGGUGGUGGGUUGAGAUGA